CUGUUACCAGCGAUCCUGAGUUUUGUCUGGAACAGCCCUGCUCUGCAACGAUACUCGUAACAGUAAUCAACGUGAAUAAAUUUGGAAGUGUUGUCAACCGAAGCAGUGCUCAGAAAGCGAAUACAUUCAGUUUUGCAAAAAUGAAAUUUAGAAAUCGAUAGAGGUUCGAAAUUCAAAAAAAAAAAAUACUUGCGUAGUCCCCACUACACAAAACAGCCUGACCUCUCCCAGUAGCUAGCGAUUAGACGACGGACUACGAAAGUUACGUGCCAAUGAGCAUGCACACUAAACUUCAAACCAGGUCCGAGGCGCGUACUAACGUAGUCCGUAGUGACCGUAUCUUAAAGUGUUUAAUAAAUUACUGAACAACCACCACGUUGGUUGCAAUAUAAUUCUGCUUUCAAUUCUAUAUCAGAACCUGAUGGUACUCCACAAAAUGUGCAAGGACAGAGGAGUAGCUCAACCAGCAUCUUAGUCAUGUGGGAUGAAGUUCCAGCCGAACAACAGAAUGGUAUCAUAACGGGUUACACCAUUACUUACAAGUCACAAACAGAGAAUGACGAUGGAAAUGUUCAAGUAAAUGCCUCUGUUCGUCAAAUGGAACUGACAAAUCUAAAGGAGUAUGUCAACUACAAUAUCACUCUGUUUGCAUCUACUGUGAAAGGAGAUGGACCACUAAAUGAUCCCAUUGUUGUAAGAACAGACCAGGAUAAACCUGAUGGUGCGCCACAAAAUGUAAAAGGACAGAACACAAGCUCAACCAGCAUCUUAGUUAUGUGGGAUGAAGUUCCAGCUGAUCAGCAGAAUGGUAUCAUCACGGGUUACACCAUUACUUACCACUCACAAACAGAGAAUGACAAUAACAGUGUUCCAGCUGGUGCUGAAGAUCGUGAAAAGGGAUUGACUGGUCUAAAGGAGUUUGUGAACUACAAUAUCACAGUGCUUGCAUCUACUGUGAAAGGAGAUGGACCAGCCAGUGAUCCAACUGUUGUUAGAACAGACCAGGAUAAACCUGAUGGUGCUCCACAAAAUGUGCGUGGACAGAACAGCAGCUCAACCAGCAUCUUAGUCAUGUGGAAUGAAGUUCCAGCUGAUCAACAGAAUGGUAUCAUCACGGGUUACACCAUUACUUACCACUCGCAAACAGAAAAUGAUAAUGGCAAUGUUCAAGUAAGUGCCUCUGUUCAUCAAAAGAAUUUGACAAAUCUACAGGAGUACGUCAACUACAAUAUCACAGUUUUUGCAUCUACUGAAAAAGGAGAUGGACCAGCUAGUGAUCCUGUUAUUGUUGUUAAAACAGAUCAGGAUAAACCUGACGAUCCUCCACAAAAUGUGAGAGGAGAGAACAGCAGCCCAACCACCAUCUUAGUCAUGUGGGAUGAAGUUCCAGCUGAUAAACAGAAUGGUAUCAUCACGGGUUACACCAUUAUUUACAAGUCACAAACAGAGAAUAACAAUGGAAACGUCGAAGUAAAUGCCUCUGUUCGUCAAACGGAAUUGACAAAUCUAAAGGAGUGCGUGAACUACAAUAUCACAGUGCUUGCAUCUACUGUGAAAGGAGAUGGACCAAACAGUGAUCCAAUUGAUGUUAGAACAGACCAGGAUAAACCUGAUGGUGCUCCACAAAAUGUGAGAGGACAGAACAGCAGCUCAACAAGCAUCUUAGUCAUGUGGGAUGAAGUUCCGGCUGAACAACAGAAUGGUAUCAUCACGGGUUACGCCAUUACUUAUCACUCACAAACAGAGAAUGACAAUGGAAAUGUUCAAGUAAAUGGCUCUGUUCGUCAGACAGAACUGACAAAUCUAAACGAAUAUGUCAACUACAAUAUCACAGUGCUUGCAUCUACUGAGAAAGGAGAUGGACCAGCCAGUGAUCCAAUUGUUGUUAGAACAGACCAGGAUAGACCUAGCGCUCCUCCCCAGAAUUUAACAUUAAACGACACAACUUCCACUUCACUCUUAGUGAGGUGGAAUGAAGUUCCAGCUGCGGACAAGAACGGUAUCAUUCGUAGUUAUACCGUGAGCUACCAGGCGAACAGUUCUUUACUGGUUGAAAACACAACAGUCUAUGUUCCUACACGUGAGGUCAAUCUAACUGGGCUGAUAAAGAAUAUGAACUACAGUGUCAGGGUUUUGGCGUCUACCGAUAAGGGAAAUGGAGACUACAGUGAUCCGGAAUAUUUUGUUACAAACCAAGAUGGUGAGUUAGCAUUCAGAUUUCCUAGCAUUAUAACUCGGGCUUCCGUAGGAAAGCCCGAGUCAUAAAAUGCAAGCGUUUUGGUCACUCAAAGGGGGGUCAUGGUCCCAGGCGUUCCAUGCAUGGACCGUGGAAACUGUGGACAAGAAACGCGACAAUGCUCGCUCUUCGUGACAAAAUGCGGUGUUUUGCGAAGAACUUUUUUUGCAAGAAUCAUGCCUUAGACGUUCAUCUCACAUACAAAGAUGUCGAUCGUUUUCGGGUAGGGUAGGUCCACAAAUUAUAUUAUUUGAAAGCCAGCCAGGUAAGCAAAGUUCAUGCUCGAAACGUCCUCGUGAGAUAACAACUGAGCUGAUUGCAGUAUGAGUUCAAACUACCAAAACACUGACAAAAAAUAGGCAGUCAAUGACUGCAUGUGGCU